GGUAGGGUUCGGUUCCGGCGCCGGCCGCCGGGGUAUGAGCAGCAGCCGCCGCCCUGCAGGAUCUAGGGUUCCGCUCACGGAUGGCGGGUGCUAGAAGCUCCAGCGACCUCCCAUCGGCAAACACCCAUGGAUUAUGAUGAUACCGAUUUCCAGAGCCGAAGUUUCCAGCUAGCCGGCGAGGACAGCAGCAAAUCCCCAUCAGGUCUGCGGCCAUUCGCACUGCCGAAGCUUGACAUCGACGACCAACUCAGGUUCGAUAAUUUGACGGACUCCGAGGGGUUUUUCAGCGUGGGAGGGCACGAUAACAGCUGGAUCGACGUGCUGUCCACCGGAAGCGCCGUUGAUUUCAGCUCUAGCGCGGCUGAGUCCUGCUCCAUAUCCAGGACCAACUAUGUCUGGUCGGACGCGACAUCCACUGAGUGCGUGGAGAUGUUGCUGAAGUCGGUCGGGGAAAAUGAGAUGAUGGGUAACAUGGAUGGUAGUGCACAUCGGCAGCCAAGUGGUGGUAUGGAUAGUCAGAUCGAUCCAUCCAAGACGCAGCCUAAGUCAAGCAACUCCCCACCAGAUAGCACUGUAGGGCCAGCCGUAAAUGACCAGUCUCAGGGUGCUCAUUCAGAAGAACCUUCGGCGAAUCAACCUCAGUUUGUAGAUGUUGCACGGUCCUCGAUGGAUGAGAAAGCUGAACGUGCUGCAGGUUCAGCUUUAUCAGGUAGGACGUCAAGCUAUAUGCUGGACCCUAUUCCUGAGAAGCGCAUUGCGAGCGAGAACUUGUCUUCUGCUUCCAAAAGCGUACCAGAAAGCUGUCCAGCUGUUGCCAAUUACUUUGAGGUGGUUCACGAUGGUGCUUCUUUGGACAAUCUCAACGUACACUCAGCUGGAGUAGAUUCCAGGACGCUCAACAGCGAGCCCUUCUCUGAGUUGGCUCCAAUUCAGAACAUAUACUCUACUGGUUCAUAUCGCUUUGACCAAGACAACCAUAUGCAUGCGAAUAAACUUGCUGGAGGAGUGCAUGAAUUGCAAAAAUUGACAGAAAGUUCGGACGGGUUAUUGGAGGCCAUCACCAAUCCAGUUAAGAUGCUGCAAAGGAGUGAUGGCACUAGCAAGAGUGUCAGUGCCUCGCAUCAACCAUCUUUUUCACAAGUGGAACAUGCAGCAGAAGGCCUUGAAAGUUCAGUUGACACAAGCAGCAAGCUUGCCAUUGAGAAGUUUGGUAUUGGCGAAGAACCCAGUUCUGCUAAAUCUAGUCAGUACCAUCCAGAUUUCAAAGAUUCUAGUCCUCAUCCAGUUACUCCCCUGUCAACCAAAAGUAGUGAGUUGAUUCAGUCUCCUAAUGGAGAACAGCUUGCUCAUGUCACUGGAGUUACAAAAAGUGAUGGGGUGGAUGAUACAGAUAUUAACGUCUCAAAGCAUGGACCUGAGCAGCAUCAAGAACCUGCCAAUCUAAAAAAUGUUGUUAUAGGUGAUACAAAUAUGAGCACUGGUGACGACUCAAAACGUGGAGUGCUAGAGCAGCGUCAAGAUUCUGCUGAUAAUCUAAACAGUGUUGCUAUGGAAGAAAAAACAAUUAUGGAGGAAAUCUCAGCUAUUUCAGAGAAGUCUGAAUACUCGGUACAAUCUAGUGAUGAUGGAAAUGAUAGAGAUCUUACUGGUACAUCAAAAGAUGGGUUUAACUUGUCGGGCAACGCAGCACCUGACAAUAUUUCAGCUGGUUUAAUUCACAAAAAGAACCUAAACAUUUCAUCAGUAAAUCAGGAGGGGCCAGUGAAGGAAGAUCAUACGCCUGCUUUAGAAGAUGAGUCUGGGAACCAGCAUUUGGUAUCACCUAACUCUGGGUCUCAAGAGAAAAAUAUGGCACCAUUGAGCAUUUUAAGCAGCAAUAUCGUUUCUACCACUGUUGCUGAUACACACAAUGCAACAAUGGAUAAACUUGACUGUUCAGGAGGUGUUCCAUCCGACCGUUCUCCUGCUGGUGUACUCGAUGAAAAUACUUUGACGGUCUCCUCAAUAAAUCACGUGGAGUCGUUUGAGGAAGGUGCUAAUUCUUCAGAAGUUGGAGGCCACAAUGUAACAUCUGUUCCUGGGUCAUGGGGAAAGAAGCCAGCAAUGUCAGGGAACUCAAAUGUCAAUGCUGUUUCGAGCAGUCAAACUGAUCCUGCUGCAAAAAAGACGCAAUUCAACGAGCAGACUUCUUUGGGUAGUUUGACCACGAGUCAGACUCAGGAUAAAUCAGGUGAUCAUCCAGAUGCUCAGAAACAGAAAUGCCAGGCCGACAGGCCUUCAGCACACUCGGACCACCAAGAAGUUUCUUAUCCACAAAAUUGCCAGAUUGAUGGACCUUCCGUACAACCUGAGCAUCGCGGAAAUUUGUCCACACCACCCUCGAGUAUCUCAUCUGACAAGGCUGCAAAAGCAAUCAUAGAAACUCCUUUAAAUGAGAAGGAUGAUAUGAGUGUGCAUAUAAAAGAUAUCGAUGGAAGCUGUAAUGAUUCUACAUGUGGGUCCCCUACAGUGAUUAGUUGCACUGAACCCUGUCUCCAGGAAGGUAGACAGGAGGGUAGUGCUGUGAUUAGUCACACCCUAACUGAACAAUCCGAUGAUAAAAAAGAUCCUGUGGCCUCAGCUGAUGCCUCCCAGAGCUCCAAAGAAUGUUCUGCCAAAAAUAUACAACCUACUCUCAGUUCUGAGGCAAAUACAGCAGGUGAUGAUAGAAGUUUCUCGUUUGAGGUUGGAGAUCCACCAAAAGUAUCUGAAAAAGCUCAUUGUCCUGCUUGGAGCCCUUUUCCCAUAUCUAAGUCUGCUCAAAAUACCAAGGCCACCACAGAAAACUCUAAACCUGGAAGCCCUGGAAAUGCACCGAGGCAAAACACUGAAGAGAGUAAGAAAACAUCUGUUCUGGAGACUGGCAAAGAGAAACAAUCUGGGACAAAAGUAGUUCAAAGUGGUGGAGUGCUCUCUGUCAGCUCCCAUACCGGUGAUAGUACUAAAACUAAAAGUGCAACACUAGAGCAGGAGCAGCCACAACAGCAUUCAACGUCUGCAAGCAGUGCUGUAGCACACCAACCUUUCACAGAUUUACAACAUGUGCAGCUACGUGCUCAGAUAUUUGUUUAUGGAGCUCUUAUUCAAGGAAUACCACCAGCAGAGGCCUACAUGGUGUCAGCUUUUGGAGAGUCUGUAGGUGGUGGCAAUUGUGCAUGGGAGGCAGUUUGGCGGGCUGCUGUUGAGAGAUUUCAGAAUCAAAAAUCACCUUUAGCUGGUUUGGAAACUCCUACAAGCUCACAUAUAGUAAAUGAGUUUGCAGGCAAUCGCGUGGCUGAAAAAGCCAGUAAGGGUGCAGCGGGCAAAACUGAACCAGAUGGCAGAAAAGGUGGCAAAAUUGUAUUGCCGGCAUAUACUGCUGUACCGUUGCACUCACCAACUUUCAGUAUGUCACCUCUUGCUAGUUCUGCGCUGAAUCUACAACGAAGUUCCCAUCUGGAUUUUAGCCAGGCUGUAUCACCAGUAUUCACAUAUAACUCACAGACGAGGCAACCUACUUCUGCUGCUACAUCGUGGUUUCCUCAGGGUCCACGUGCUGCACCUUGGCUAGUUCCACCACAAAAUUUAAUAUUCGAUUCAUCAAUGCAACCAACUGCCACUUCAAGUGAAUCUGCAAAGGGACCUUGUAAAAACAUAUCCAUUUCAGAAGCUAUGCCCUUAGCAGUUGUACAUGAAGAGAAACAGAAGGCACCGGCUAGUACUAAGCGUAACAGAGGUGGGGCUGCAUCACAAAAGCCAAGAAAAAGAAAGAAAGCUUCAGAAAGUCCAGAACAGCAACCUGACAUUGCUUCCUCUCAACUCAAAACAGACCUUGCAGCUGUUACUCCUGCCACUAAGCACGUACCAGGCUUCACCUUAUCUACUCCUUCUCCAAGUAAUGUUCUGGGCAGCGGGCUUAUUCCUAAUGCAAGUUUGAUCACCUCUGUGCCUAACUACCUGGGUGGUAAGAGUGUUGACCGCAGAAUAAUCUUUUCAGAACAGAUCAGUGGUGCAGUAGAGCAAUGUAUGGACCAAGACAAAUGUGCAAGUAUGUACUCUAUGGAGGCACUUAGGGUCAGUGAAGGUGUAUGGAGCCAAUUAUCCACAAACUCAAUGGGGAAAUUACCUGCAGACGUAGAACAAAAGCUUACUUCAGCUGCUGCUGCUGCUUCUGCUGCAGUUUCUGUUGCGAAGGUUGCUGCAGAAGCUGCUAAGAUGGCGACAACAGCUGCAUUGCAGGCGAAAAUGAUGGCAGAAGAAGCCCUUGGCUCUUCAAAAUAUUUUAAUUCCUUGCAGAAGCGUGACGCUGGCGAAGUUGAUGUCAAUAACAAUCUAUCCAGUAUGUUAAGUUUCACGCCCAAAUCGUCUUGGAAAACAAAAGACAGCACUCAUGCCCCAGGCUCCACCAUUUCGGUGGCACGAGAGGUUGCUAGAAAGAGGGUUGAAGAGGCAUCUGCAGCUACAAAACGUGCAGAAAACUUAGAUGCCAUACUUAAAGCUGCAGAGCUUGCAGCAGAGGCUGUAUUCAAAGCAGGAAGCAUCAUUGGAAUGGGUGAGCCUCUGCCUUUUACUUUAGGUGAGCUAUUGGAAGCUGGUCCUGAUGGCUACUGGAAGUCCGAUAGAGUGAAGAAUAAAAAGGCUGAGAACACCAUUGAUAACGUGGUAAUAGAAGAAUUGGAGCUGCCUUCUGGUAUUAAUAAAUCUGGCAGAAAGCGUGGUAAUAAAUCUAAAUAUGACCAGAAAUUGGAGCCAUCUUCUAGUGUCAAAGAAUUGCAGCCCGAUGGGAUGCACUCAGGAAAUGGGGUUGAAGAAAAUCUAUCUGCUGCCCCAUUCAAUGUCAUCACAAAUGAUACAGCACCAAGCAUAAUCUGGAAUGGUAUUGGAAAGGAAUCUCUUGUUGAGGUUUUAGCUGAUGUGGGCGGGUCUGGGGCGGCUUGGUUUUCUGCUAAAGUCCUUGAUAUAAACGAACAUAGUGCGUUCAUCAGCUAUGAGGUCCACAGUGGAGGACCUGGUCUUUGCAAAGAAUGGGUGUCACUGAAGCAGGAGGGGGAGAAGGCACCUCAAAUACGCCUUGCCCAUCCUGCUACUAUGUCUAAAUUAAAAGGUACUCGAAAGCGCCACAGGGACACCGCAGGAAAUUAUUCUUGGGCUAUUGGUGAUCACGUGGAUGCAUGGAUCAAAAAUAGUUGGCGAGAGGGUAUUAUUUCUCAGAACUGCGAAUCUGGUGAAACAAAGUUUGUUGUGCAAUUUCCAGUUGGUGAUUCUGUAGUCGUUGAUGCUUGGACUCUUCGUCCAUCACUUGUUUGGAAGGAUGGCGAAUGGACAGAGUGGUCCCGUGCACGAGAUAGGAAAGACAAAUCUUAUAAGGGUGAUUCUCCUUAUGAAAAACGCCAACGGACAGCAGUGAAUGACCAUGUGCCUAUCGUUGGAGAGGCACAAGGCCCUUCGAAAGACAAGAUGCCCAUCAUUGGAGAAGCACAGGGCCCUUAUAAAGACAAGAUCACUAAUGCCGGAACAAAGCUAAGGGAGCCAAAACCACUGGGUUUAUCUGAUAGGGACAUGAUUUUCAACAUCGGAAAAAGUGCAGCUGAGAGUAAAACUACCAGGCGGCCUGGACUGCAAAAGGAAGGCUCAAAGGUCUUCGGUGUCCCAAAACCUGGAAAGAUGAAGAAGUUUAUGGAUGUAAGCAAACAGAUUUCUGAGGGUAGUACAUCAACAAGAUUUCCAAAACAAUCAGUACCACAGCUGCGAAGACCACGGGAAAGUACCCUAAAACUCGACCAGAGAGCAAAGAGGGUAGGUGACAUGCGACCCAGAGGGCUCAAAUCUGCGAAGUCUCAGAAUGUCCCAGGCUCUAGUGCUGUUGAAAGCAGUUUUGCUUUUGCGGCUAACGCGGCAAGCUCUUCCAACCUUGUCAACCCUACUGUCAACCUUAUACCUGAAGAUGCUUCUGUUCCUACACCAAGUGUCCCUAGUACCAAGAAGAGGCCAGCCACUAUGGAUCGAGCUACAAGGAAAUAUGUUCCUUCUAUGGAUAAUAACUUGAACAGGAAAACAUCUGAAAUUCCAGCCCAGGCUAGCUCUGACUCUGCUGAACCCCGACGGUCGAACCGCAAAAUUCAACCAACCUCACGGUUGCUUGAGGGCAUGCAGAGUUCCCUUAUACUCUCCAAAGUUACUGGCGAAAAAGUCCCUAGGACUAAUUUCAGGAGUGCUACUUCUGCCUCAAGAGGGAGAGCUCAUGGCUGACAACUCCGGUGUCUGUACAUAAUGGGUGGCUUGCUGAGUAUGGAAGCAAAAUGAUAGGAUUGGAGUGUUGCUGUGUUGGGAUGUACUAUAAACUAGCUUAAGUUAGUGUAUUAUCUCUAUAUUUUUUUUAUUGUACUUGACAGUAUCAUUGUGUCUUAGGGUUAGCCAUUAAUCUCCCCAAAACCUCCGUCACUGUGUAGAUACAGUGCGAAGGGAAAAAACGGGUCUGGUUUUUAAUCAUCAACAGUCAUGAGGUAUGUAUGUGAGGGUGGUAUCUUACCUUCUCUUUAGUGCCAGCCCCAUGUUGGAAUGAUCGACUGGUUACUUGCUUCCGGUGUAAGUGAAUGCUUUGACCUUGA